UUAGUUAGAGCGAUGCGGUCGUCACGAAAACAUCGCCAUUUCCACAUCGUCUCUGUAUUGUGUGAGUGUGUGUGUGUGCGCGCGUGUAUUCCACUCUCUGUGUAUCUAUCUAAAUAUGUGGUGUUCAUAGAAUUUAUUUGAGUGCAUCACACUUGAGUCCGUAUUGAAUAAUAAUAAAACAUAAAAAUCCAUUAGAAAUCAUACAUACAUCAAAGACGACGACAACAAAAUAAUCAAGUGACUUUUUCAUUCAACUGCAUCUCCCUUUUCGUUCUUUAUUCUCUGUUUUAGUUAUUUUUUCUUUCUGUUAUUCUGUUUGUUUCAACAAACCUGUUGUCAACCAAUAUAAUAAGUAAACCAUGAAGUUCGCAGAACAUUUAUCAGCACAUAUUACACCUGAAUGGCGUGCUGCGUACAUCAACUAUGAGGAAAUGAAAAUAAUGCUGUACAGUGCCAUAGAGCAGGCACCAUCGGCUGAAUUGAUUGAGCCCGACUUUUUAACCCGAUACUUUGCCACAUUCGACGAACAAUUCUUCCAUUAUUGUGACAAGGAAUUAGCGAAAAUCAACACAUUUUAUUCAGAAAAAUUAGCGGAAGCCACUAGAAAAUUUGCCAAUUUACGCACCGAAUUGAGUGAAGCGCUGGAAGAUAGUCAAUUGAAUUCGAAAAAGUCGUUGUCACGAUCAAAAAAAUUGCUGCGCAAGAAAACCAAACCAGCGCGAAAAGUACAAGAGUUGAAGUUGGCAUUCAGUGAAUUUUAUCUGGGAUUGAUUUUACUACAAAACUAUCAAACAUUGAAUUUUACUGGAUUCCGGAAAAUUUUGAAAAAGCAUGACAAACUGUUGAACGUUGAUUUAGGAGCAAAAUGGCGAAUGGAUCAUGUCGAAGUGGGUCAUUUCCAUGUGAACAAAGACAUUGAUCGGCUCAUCCAUGACACCGAAUCCAUAGUAACGCAAGACAUCGAAGGUGGUGAUCGACAAAAGGCGAUGAAAAGAUUACGAGUGCCUCCGUUAAAUGAGCAACAAAGCCCAUGGAUCACAUUUAAAGUUGGAAUUUUUUCGGGUGCCUUUAUCGUAUUGAUGGUGACCGUCAUUUUAACGGGCAUAUUCCAUUCGAACAAAGACUGGGAAAUCGGUAUUCGAUUGUUUCGUGGACCAUUGUUAAUUAUCGGUUUUCUAUUCUUAUGGGGUGUUAAUGUACACGGAUGGAGAUCAGCAGGUGUUAAUCACGUUUUGAUAUUCGAAAUCGAUCCAAGAAAUCAUUUAUCCGAGCAACAUAUUAUGGAAUUUGGUGCAUGUUUCGGUGUCAUUUGGACGAUAUGUGUUCUCAGUUUUCAGUACAGUGAUGCACUUUCGAUACCAACAUACGCAAGCCCAUUGACACUGUACAUAUUAAUGGCAUUGUUUUUAUUCAAUCCAACCAAAACAUUUCGACACGAAGCCCGCUUUUGGACGAUUCGUGUAUUGUGGCGCAUAUUUUUGGCACCAUUUUACUAUGUCAGCUUUGCCGAUUUUUUCGUUGCAGACCAAUUGAACAGUAUUGUACCCGCCUUUUUAGAUUUACAAUUUUUAAUAUGUUUCUAUUACAAUAAUCCAAAUUGGGAAACGGCAUCCGCCGAAGAGGUUGAAUCUUGUGUCGAGGGUUCGUAUUUGAUUCGACCGAUGGUGGCAAUGUUGCCAGCUUGGUUUCGAUUUGCACAAUGCAUUCGCCGUUAUCGAGAUACACGUGAAGCAUUACCACAUUUGGCAAAUGCACUGAAAUAUUCCACAUCAUUUUUCGUUGUUAUAUUCUCAUCGUUGUCAUUUGUGACGGGAUCGCAUUUAGGCAAUGUGAAUAAUCCGUACUUUUAUUUAUGGAUAAUUGCGUCGAUUGUUUCAUCUUGCUACGCAUAUGCAUGGGACAUCAAAAUGGAUUGGGGUUUGCUUGAAAUGAAGUCGGGCGACAACAAGUUCCUGCGAGAGGAAACAGUGUAUUCAUCAAAUUUAUUCUACUAUUUUGGCAUGGUCGAAGACCUGAUACUGCGAUUCGGAUGGACAUUGUCGAUGUCCCUUGUAAAGGCCGGCUACAUUGAAGGCGAACUAAUGAUGACGAUUCUAAGUCCGUUUGAGGUGUUUCGACGCUUUAUUUGGAACUAUUUUCGAUUAGAAAAUGAACACUUGAAUAACUGUGGUAAAUUCCGAGCUGUGAGAGAUAUAUCCGUGGCACCAAUGGAUUGUUCCGAUCAGAUUACAAUCAUACGAAUGAUGGAUGAGGAGAAUGGCGUUGUACAUCGGCGACCCAAGACAAAAGGCUUGGCUAAAAAGAAGAGUGAAUUACGGAUACUAUUCCAGGGUGAAUCGAUCGAUGAGAUUGAAUGAGAGAGGCAUAUUUAAAACCAUGAAAUAAAAACAUUAUUAUUGAAUCUGUGAAUAUAAAUAAAUGCAAUGCAAUGAAUAAUUAUUUUCAAA